AUGGGGCUGAUCCACAAGCUUAGAGGCUAUCCUCGCCUCAUACUGGCUGGAAAUCCUACACGACUUGAUGUUGGAAUGCUCUUCUGUGGAACAGUGUGCGCAAUAGCAUCCGGUGUUCCGUUCCCAUUGAUUGGGGUUAUCUUCGGUCAACUCCUCAACGACUUUAAUGCAGCGACGUGUGCCGAAACUGAAGAGUCUGGGUCUGCCUCAGGUCUCCAGGGUGGGAUCAAUAGCAAGAUACUUACAAUAUUCUAUCUGGCAAUUGCGCAAUUUGUCCUAAUAGGUGCCCAUCUCUUCUGUUGGAGUACGUACGGCGCUCGGUUGGCGCAAAGACUCAGGGAACGAUAUCUUCAAAACCUCCUUCGACAGGAGCCUUCGUAUUUCGACAAUUUACCUCCAGGAGAAGUCGCCUCCCGAAUAAGCGCGGAUAUCCAGACAAUACGCUCAGGCACAUCUGAGAAGGUGGGAAUAUGUCUCGCGAGUGUAUCCUUCUUUGUAACGGCAUACAUCGUUGCUUUUGUCAAAGACCAUGACCUGGCUGCCAUGUUGAUCUCACUAGUCCCGGCGUACUUCUUGAUGUCCUUUGUUGGAAGCCACUUCAUCGAGAAAUACGCCGGGCUGAUGUCCGAUUACGCCGCCACAGCUGCUUCGAUUGCCUCGGAGGCUCUUUCCAAUAUCACUGUUGUGCAAGCUUUUGGUGCCAACGCCCGCCUGGAAGAGAAGUUCUCUGAUGCUCUUAAAUCGUCAAAACGAGAAGGCUUGAAGAAGGCCCUGGCUAUCGGAAUUCAAUCUGGAGUGCUGUAUUUUGUCGCUUAUUCUGCAAAUGCCUUGGCCUUUUGGCAGGGAAGCAAAAGUAUCGCGGAUUUGGUCAGCCAUAAGUCUGGCGGUGUCACAGUCGGUUCCACAUUCACAGUGAUUUUCAUUCUGGUCGAAGCUACAUUACUCUUGAGUCAGGUUGCGCCGUUUGUUCACCUCUUCAUGGCGGCUGUUGCUUCCUUCGAGAAGCUUCGCGAGGAUAUGGAUCGUGAACCGUUGAUCGAUGGCACUUCAACUGCCGGUCUUACACCAUCCAAAGUGGCGGGGCAUUUUGAACUAAAUAAUGUAUCGUUCACUUAUCCUUCCAGGCCUGAAAUUACCGUCCUCGACCAGGUAAACAUCUCUGUUCCUGCCCUAAAGCAUACAGCCAUUGUCGGUCUUUCAGGUAGUGGCAAGUCUACGGUUGCGAGUCUCGUGACAAGAUUGUUCGACCCAGCCAAAGGAGAGAUCUUACUUGACAACUACAACAUUAAAGAUCUCAAUACCCGCACUAUGAGAAGCUUCAUAAGCCUGGUCCAGCAGGAACCAUCUCUGCUUGAUCGUUCGAUCUUAGAAAACAUUGCGCAUGGCUUGGUUAAUUCCAGUAAAUCCGACCAUUCAGAUUUGAAGUCGACACUUCUUGGCUCCAGCCUUGCAGAUCUUGCAAAUGAAGUGAGAGAGGGCAAAGAUUUAUUAGCUGCAGCGGAGGAACGUGGCCCUCAAGUUGUCAAAAUUGUUGCCUUGGUUCGAAACGCGGCAGUCCUCGCAGAUGCGGAUUCAUUCAUCGAAAAGCUACAAUGUGGAUAUGCUACACUUGUGGGAUCGAGUGGUCGACUCAUUAGUGGUGGUCAAAAACAGAGAGUAGCUCUAGCAAGAGCUCUUGUCAAGGAUCCUGCUGUUCUGAUCCUGGACGAGGCUACCGCGGCUUUAGAUUCACGAAGCGAACAGAGAAUCCAACAUGCUAUUUCCAAGAUUGCGGGCGGCAGGACCAUACUCACCAUUGCACAUCGCUUGUCAACUAUAAAAAGUGCAGACAACAUCAUAGUCAUGCACAAGGGACGAGUUGUGGAGGAGGGAAGCCAUUCGGUCUUGAUGGAGAAAAGUGGCGCUUAUGCCGACCUGGUCAAGCUGCAAACACUGGCAACUACGAACGAUGGGAGUGAAGUCGCCAGCCCCAGAGGCGAUGCUGCCAAACUAGAUGGCACAUCAGUCACUGAUAUUGAUAUCGUCUCUGAAAAGGGUAGUGCAACUGUAUCAAACGACGAUCUUGACGAGGCGGGUGACUUUCGGCUCUCGAGUAAUCUGGAUGCAGAAACCUCUUCCCCUCUGACAGAAGAUGAACCCGAAACCCCAUCCAUAUCCUUCUGGGCGCUACUCACAGGAUACGCGCCGGCAUUGAGGCCACACAUUCUUAUGGUGGCAGCUGCACUUGUCGGUUCUACUAUCGUUGGCGGUGCAUUCUCCGGCGAGGCCGUUAUAUUUGGAAACACCGUAGGUAGCUUGGACAUUUGCAAAAGCCCGUCGAGUAUUCGAUCAAGCGGCAGCUUUUAUGCGCUCAUGUUCUUUGUUCUCGCCAUCAUCGAGCUAUUUGCCAACAUCGUAAGUUGGACUGGGUUCGGAUGGGUCUCGGAGCAAAUUGUCUACUCAGCGCGAGUUUUGUCGUUCCGGUCGCUAUUCGAGCAAGAUCUCCAGUGGCACCAAUCUAACGGGCGAACACCUACUUUACUUCUCUCCUAUAUUACCAGGGAUGGCAGUGCAUUAGCUGGACUUAGUGGCUCCGUCAUUGGCACCCUAUUUUCGAUUACAAUUAACCUCGUCGCGGCAAUCGUCUUGACGCAUAUUAUUGCAUGGAAAAUUGCGCUUGUUUGCCUAGCAUUGGUGCCUCUUCUUCUUGGGGCCGGCCUGAUGGAGCUCCGCGUUCUUGGUAACUUUGAGGAGCGCCACGAGAAUGCGUACAGCAAAUCUGUUGAUAUUGGCACAGAAGCAAUCGCAUCCAUUAAGACAAUCUCGUCGCUGUCUCUUGAACACGAGACGCUCAAUGUUUAUCGGCGAUCACUCAAAGGCCCGCGUCAAGAGACUUUCAAAGUCACUCUGCAAGCAAGCUUUUGGCAAGCCCUUACCUACUUCCUUGGAAACUGCGUGAAUGCAUUGGCUUAUUGGUGGGGAUCAAAACAGAUUCUCGCCGGUACCUAUACGCAAACCCAAUUCCUCAUUGUCGUCUUCUCCCUUCUUGUCAGCGCAAUGCUAUGGAGUCAAAUGUUUGCCCUUGCUCCGGAACUUUCUAGUGGCCGGGCUGCAAUGGCAAGGAUUUUGAGCCUCGUCAAUAUGGGAUCGGCAAAGAUGCAAGGGGGUCUUCAACUUAUGCAGUCAAGCACGGCGCCCUCGGCAGAGAAAGACCUCGAGGCAACAACUGAGGCGAAUAGCUUCCAAUCAAGCUCCAACAUCGCCUCGACCGUACAAUUUCGCAAUGUACAUUUCUCAUAUCCUGCUCGUCCAAAUGUCGAAGUGCUGAGAGGAUUGAGUAUGGAAAUUCCUGCUGGUAGUUUUUGCGCCCUCGUGGGCCCAAGCGGAGCGGGCAAGUCUACAAUAAUUUCACUGGUCGAACGUUUGUACACGCCACAAUCCGGAUCAGUUGUCAUAGAUGGCUUCGAUGUGACAAAGAGCCGUGGUGUAUCUUUCCGCGAUACAAUCGCUUUGGUGCCACAAGAAAAUGUGCUCUUUGAAGGAACUAUCGAGUUCAACAUCGCUCUUGGCGCCAGACCAGGACAAGAGGUCUCGGCAAAGGAGAUUGAAGAGGCGUGCAAACUCGCCAACAUCCAUGAUGUUAUUCAAGAUCUACCCAAUGGUUACCAGACUCUUUGUGGACCUAAUGGUAACCAAUUUUCGGGUGGUCAGAAACAAAGGCUUUCGAUUGCACGGGCUCUCGUUCGUAAACCUAAGCUUCUAAUUCUAGACGAGCCGACGAGUGCGCUUGAUGCUGAAUCAGAAAAGUUAUUGCAGGAUGGUCUCGAGAAGGCAACGAAAGGAAUCACCGUUAUCGCAAUAGCGCAUCGCCUACACACGAUAAGAAAAGCAGAUCGUAUUUUCCUCAUUGAAUCAGGUCAAUGUGUCGACUACGGGCUACAUGACGAACUGUUCAAGAGAUCGCCAACUUAUAGGUUAAAUGUGAUGCACCAAUCUGUUGCCGAGUAA